AUGAGAAGAUCUUCAAAGAUUAGAAAAUAGAAGCUACUAGAUGAGAUAGAAGAGCUUAAACAGGGGCUUGAGGACAUGAAAAGGGUGGCUUCUUUUUAAAAUGCCACAUCGACUCUGGACCACACUUUGCAAAACGCCGAUUCAUCGAAUUCAGGUCGCAACUAUUAUUCAAACACUAUACCCUACAAAUCAUAAUCCACUAAUAAUUAAAAUCAACUAAGCAGCGCCCCAUAAUCUUACGUGAAUCUCAAAAGCAUAGAAUAAGAUGACCGCGAAAGAAUUCUACUUUUAGACACAAUUCAAUAAUUAAAGAAGUAAGCUUAAAUCUCUGAAGAGGAAAACUUUCUACUUAAAAAACAGCUUGAUGAAAAUGAAAAACUCAUUUCAAUGUAAAGAAAAGAGAUCACAGAUACUAAAGGUAAACUGUAGGGUUUAGAUAUCAAAGUCUCUAUGCUAGAGAAAAAGUUAAACAAUGAGUUAUUGAGAAAUAAAGACUUAGAGCAGAGAAUUUAAGCGCUUUAAAUAUAACUAUAAAAUAAGGAUGAUUCUAGUAUCUUAGAAAGAUAGGUUGAUAGUCAUCUAGACAGAAGUAGUCUAAACUAUUUAGAACAAGCUCACAAAAUGCAAACAGAUUAAUUAAGAGGACAUUAGGAACAUUAAUUGCUGUCUAUCGAAAAGAAAUUGCACAACAGCUAUAGAUUCAAGCCAGUUGAUAAAAUAGAUUAAAAUCGUGCUAAACGGGAUGAAGUAAGUGAAUACUUAGAUGGAGAGAGCUAACUAAAUGUCACAGCUGGAAACGCGUUCUUAAAGGAUAAGAUCAGGAGGAAUAGUUCUUUCGUAAGUAAUACCACGAAGAGAAUUAAUCAGACUCAGAUUAUAAAUGAUAGAGACUUGCAUGACUAAAGUAACCUCCUUAACGAUAGUCAUAACAACAAGGAAAAUGACAGUUAAAAUUAGAUGAUAAGGCUUUUUCCAGAUAGAGCAAUCAAGGCCUCUGCUUUUAUUGAUGUGUUUAAUAUGGAGAAAUAAGUUAUUAGAAUCAAGAAUCCCUUGAAGAAGCUUGCUUAAGAUGUCGACCAUGCGUAAAUUUAUCAAUUUUCAAUUAUUUAUAGAGUGUAGGAUUUGCUGACAUAACUAGGGGAAAGGAAUAUAAACUUGAAACUGGCAAAGGUUAAAGACUUAAUAUAUGAAAUAUAGAUUCCUACUAUAUAGGAUGAAAUACCUCAGAUUAAAACUAAAUUGCUUAAAUUUGGACUAAGUGGGAAUACAUUAAUGGUCCGUCUAGGAGGUGGCUACAUUGAUCUAUUAGAAUAUUUGGACAGACAAGGAUUUCUUAUUGGCCUUGACGGUAUGUAGACUGUUUGA